UCUUGCCUUUUUCUCAUUUAUGUUGAGAAAGAAACCAACUUAAAUCAUAAAUGAUUCUAACCACCAACACUACCAUAUUGUUUCAUUCAUUUAUUCAACAACUGAUAUCCAUAGACUCGGUAGCAUAACGCAUACAUAUAAUUAAUCGUAAGUGCCAAUCCCUGUAAAUGGCCUUCAACAACCAUCCCCCACACACCAUCUUGUUUCAUUCAGCUAAUGAACAAGGGAUGGCAUUAGAAUCAUAGACCUGCAUGUCAAUCCUUUCACGUGCGGCUGACCUCAUUCUUGAGAAGAAAGAUGUGAGAAUGGAAAAUUUACGUGUAUAUAAAGACUGAAUUGGGAGAUUCAUGUUAUGAAGCAAAGAGCUCUCUCCAAGUGAUCAAAAAGAAAGGAAAAAAAAUAAUGGAGAUUGAGAUCAUAUCAAGAGAGUGCAUCAAACCUUCUUCUCCAACACCUCAUCACCUUAGAACCCACAAGAUCUCUCUGGUUGAUCAAUUCGGCACUCCCAUGUUUGUUUCCACAAUCAACUUUUAUCUCCCAAACCAGGUUGCUGGCUCCGUCUCCAAGAGAUCACAAGUGCUGAAACAAUCUCUAUCAAAGACACUGACUCUGUAUUAUCCCGUCGCUGGAAAGAUCAUCGACACUCUCUCCAUUGAUUGCAACGACGAGGGAGUUUCUUAUAUGGUGGCACGAGUAAACUGCAAUUUACGUGAUUAUCUCAGGAAACCUGAUCUCUCAAAACUCCCUAAAUUUGUGCCAGGAGAGAUCAUUGCUAGUGAAAUGACUCUAGGUGCUCAUGUUGCUAUGAUACAAGAAACUGUCUUUGCUUGUGGUGGCUUUUCCAUAGGCCUUGUUAUUCCACACCACUUUUUUGAUGGAAAUUCUACAAUAGUAUUUCUGAAAAAUUGGGCUACCAUUGCUCGACAAGAAGCACCUCAAGCUCCUGAUUUCAGCUCCUCGUAUAUGUUUCCUCAAAACACUUCCUUCCCACAAGAUCCAAUUAGCUCGACUGUAGGAAGGCUAGUCUUUGGUCAAGAGGGUACAUUUGUUUUAAGGAGGUUUGUGUUCGAAGGAUUAGCCGUAAGCAAUCUUAAGGCCAAAGCAACAAGAUCAGGUGUGCCCAACCCGACGCGUGUAGAGGUCGUGGUUGCACUCCUCUUGAAAUGCAUCAUGUCUGCAUUGAGCGCAAAAUCACCUCCCCGGAAGUCAGCUUUGAUAUCAACUACAGUGAACUUGCGACGAAGGGUUGUGCCACCAUUCCCAGAAACAACUGUGGGAAAUUUAGUUCUGCUAACACCGAUACUAGCAAACAGUGAAGAAACAGAUUCACGUAGUUUUUUGCACCUGAUGAGUGAAAGCAUAUCACCAAUCAAUGGUGAGUUUUUGAAGAGCCUUCAAGGUGAUCAAGGAUUGCAGCGGCUUAGUGAAUACGUGGAAGAGCUUCGUGAAUCGUUUCGGAAAGCUUCAUCCGAUGGAGCAGAAACAAUCGUGUUCAAUAGCUGGUGUAACUCAGGCAUUUACAAUGCUGAUUUUGGUUGGGGGAAGCCUAUAUGGUUUCCAGCUGUUGCUUCUGCCCUACCACUUCGUGGAUCGGUGAUUCAGCUCACGGAUACAAGAAUGAGUAAUGGAAUAGAAGCAUGGGUGUCAUUGGACGAAGAAAUCAUGUCUAUGGUAGAGCACGACGAGGAACUCCUCUCAAUAGCCUCAGUGGAUCCAAGUCCUCUUGAAAUUGAUUCACUCAAGUCAAAGCUUUAGACCAUGCUUAUGUAACUGCUGUUGUUCUUGUUUGUCUUUAUCUGUUUCAAUUCCAAGUCCUCUGCACAUUGAUGCAUUUUGUAAUAAAAAGAAAUAUAUCCAAUCUGAUACAAGACACCAGUACCUGAUUGUUCCAAUUUCUUCA